UAUUCCAUUUAAGGUUGUGCACGGGAAUUGACAGAUGAGCUAAUACUUCGCUUUAAUAGGUAAAUAUCCUUAUGACCUGUCAACAAGACAUAGAAAUCUACUGACUUGACGACUUGGAAGUGAGCAAAGGAAAUUCAAUUUGAUAAAUUUAGAAAACUAGCAUCAAUCACAGGAUACUCUGAAACGGCCUUAAUAAGAGAUGACACAACACGGAAUAGAGAGGAGUUUUAAGGGGCUAAAUAUAAACGACUCGCCUGGCACCCAGAAAAAAAUACCACCUGCUGUGGCACCAAAGCCAUCUAAAGUCAUAAACGCAUCACCAAAACCAUUCAAAGCAGGAGGGGGAACGUAUCGCCAGUUCCGAUCAGAUCAGGGAGAUGAGGAAUUCCCUCCCCCUCCACCGCAAACGACCUACAUAGAGGACAUGCCCUACCCUCCCCCACCUGUAGAUCAGUCCCGUGGUUAUGGCUACAAUGACCCCCAGGAGGAUUUCCCUCCCCCUCCCUCACCCACCUCCAACUACAACACACAACCUCUGGACAACACAAGAUACGGAGUACACAAUCAGAUUUACUCCUCUUCCUAUGGGGAAUCUCCUCCAAACAGAUCUUUUGAGUCAUAUCACACCAGCACCACCCACUACCAAAUGGACAACCAGAAACCAACUUACACAGGAGGGCAUUCCACGUCCCCCACAGGGUCCCCCUAUAAACCCCCCAGUAACUACGCCAACCUGCAGCCAUCUCAGCCCGCCUACUCCUCCUCUGGUCCCUCCCCUCAGUCAGACAACACGAUUUACGCCCGCCCCGUUAAAGUGAUCCGGGAGCCACCUGACAGUUACAAUCCUCCACGGGACCAUGGGGCACCACCAGCUGGCUACGUAAGACAGAACAUCAGUGAGCACCACAUUUUUAAUAACCAAGGAGGGCCCGACUAUAACUAUGAUAGAAAUCUCAGCACCAGCUCAGGGGGAUUUGUUCCAAAAUAUCAGGAUGACUACAGAAAUGAACGCCCUGUUCCUGGGCCACAGGUGGUACCCGUGGGUCCAGAAUCACCAUGCGGUGGGGACAAAUCUACACAAGAAGCUGAAGUUGAUGCCCUGACCAAUCUUUUGAUACAAAACAUGGAUUCUUCUAGUGAAACAGACUUCUUUGGUAUUUGUGUGAAAUGUCAGAAGAAAGUAGUAGGAGAGAACAAUGGCUGUACGGCUAACGACCAGGUGUACCACAUCUCAUGUUUCAUCUGUAUCAACUGUGGGACUCUGUUGAGAGGAAAAUCAUUUUAUUCCAUGGACAACAAACCUUACUGUGAACAGUGCUACGUCAAUAGUUUAGAGAAGUGUUCCGUGUGUUCCAAACCAAUAACAGAUCGGUUGCUGAGGGCCACAGGCAAGCCCUAUCACCCAGCCUGUUUUACGUGUGUAGUGUGUGGUAAGAGUCUGGAUGGAAUACCCUUCACAGUGGAUGCUACGAACCAAAUUCACUGCAUCGAGGAUUUUCACAAAAAAUUUGCACCCCGAUGUUGUGUUUGCCAAAAUCCCAUCAUGCCAGAGUCAGGGCAGGAGGAGACAGUUCGAGUCGUUGCCAUGGAUAAAAGUUUUCACGUUCAGUGCUACCGAUGUGAAGAUUGCGGACUAUUACUGUCCUCCGAGGCUGAAGGUCGAGGGUGCUAUCCGCUGGACGAACAUAUUUUAUGUAAGAACUGCAAUGCCAAGCAAAUCCAAGCAAUGUCUUCCAAAAUGGCCACAGAGUUAUGAGCUGCAAUCAGUUACAGGGCAUACAGCUGGAUCUUUUAUGUUGUGUUGAAAUAUUUGUUAUACACUAUAUGUUCUUUUUUUUUUGGGGGGGGGAUAAAAAUAAGAUGAAUAUUCAAUAACUGUUCUAUGCAAUAAAACACUUGGAGGGAGGGAGUCAUUCUUUUUAUAGGUACAAUUUCAUUCUGACUGUAUUAUGUUGGAAUACUUUCACUGGUGUGUUUAAGUAUGAUUGAAAUAUUGAACUGCUGUCUUUUAUUUAUAGGAUGUUUUGUUAUUUGUUGCUUAUAUAAAUAAGUUAUUGGUAUAUUUAUUUUCACUUUGUACUUAUUCUCUUAUUUAAAGUAGCAAAUUUGUGUUUACAUUGGUAAACAUUGGUAAACAGAGAUGUUUUUAUCUGAAAAAAAAAAACUGACCCCCAAAUGAUAUUGAAUUUUCUGAUUAUUAGUUGUUGGAUAUUUAUAUGAACCCUGUGUAACACUUGUAUAAAUUUACAUUUACUGUUUUUAUUAUCAGUUUAUAUUUCUUUUGCUGUAUGGUGAUAUACAAAUAUAUCAAAGGGCUUUUUGUGUAGUUUAUUGUCAUUCAGUUAGAUUUUUUAUCCAUUUUUUUAAUCUUAUUUAUAAAGGCAUUAGAGUAUGGUAAUAAUUUUUGUCUCUACAUUUGCAGAACUUUAAAAUCAUUUUUUUCUCUCUACAUAUCAGCAUUAUUAGCAUUAUUUUAUCAGAUAAUUAUAAUUUAUUGCAUGAACAAAGCUCUAAAGCUGGUACAAUCUAGUCCCCUUAUUACAUCAAAUAAAUGUUAUAGGUAAAAAUUUGUACAGAAUCUUAAUAAAACUCUAAUGAACAAGUUGUCCAUGCAACACUUCAUAAACGUGUACAUUUAUAUACAUAUUAAGUAUGUACUUAUUGAAGAGAUAUUAUCAAAUCAACUUUGAUUUAAACAAUUAGAUGUACAUAUACCUAUUUUAAUUUGAUAUUUAGAAAGUGAUUGAUAAAAGGAUUUUCAUUUUGCUUUUUAAAGAAACUUUGAUAUUUUUAGAUGUGAUAUUUGCAUGUAGAUAUAAAAUUCGCAGAUUCAAGAUAUUCUACGCAGUGCUUUGUGAUACACUCAUAUCAACGCAUAUAUUUUUAUAUUACUUCAUUGCAUGAAAAAAGAAAAAACAAGUGUCAGUUAUUUCCCUUUACAUGAGUUGAUGAUUAGUUGUAGAUAAGACUGAUGGUACACUCUAUUAACCUUCUGUUGGAGGAUGAGAGGAGCUUGUAAAGUGUGUCAGUCGUCCAUCUGUUUGUCUGUAAAAAUUUUUCCAUAGUGUUUGAUUUAUGUUUUUUGGCCAUGCACAUUGUAAUUUCUUGUAUCUAUUUGAAUUUCAAUUAAUACUGUUCCAAUGGUUAUGAAAAAUGAGGUAAAAUGCAAAUGUAAGGCACAAUUUCAACUUCCUGCUACAGAUAAAAGGUGUUGACAUGGUUACUAAAAAUGAAAUAAUUUUGAUUAUUUAAAGGUGUUAUGAUCAAAGACACCUUGUAACAGUGAAAUUCAAACCAGUAGAGUUGUAUGGUCUGCUCAGAGACUUUUUUUCUGUGUGUUUUUGUUUUGUAAAUGUCAGAUUUUACUUACUUUUAUUAUUAUACGCCCGUCUUAAGACGGGACGUAUUAUGUUAUAGGCUUCAUGUCCGUCCGUCCGUCCGUCUGUCCGUCUGUCCAUUCGUGUCCGGCUCAUAACUUCAAUACUAUUAGGCCUAGGAUUAUCAAACUUUGUCAACUGAUACUUCUUGGGUAGACGGUGUGUCGCGCACCAAAAGUAGGUCGCUCUGACCUUUAAUAAAGAUGCUAUGGCCAAAUAUGGAAAAAUCCUGUCCGGCUCAUAUCUAGAAAACUAUUAGACCUAGAGCUAUCAAACUUGGCAAAAGUAUACAUCUUAGGUAGAAGGUGUGUCGCGACCUAUUUCAAGGUCACUGUGAC